UGAAGAGGGAAGAGGAGGAAGCGCGCCUGGAAGCUGAGCGGCAAGCGGAGCAAGCCAGGCUGGAGGAAGAGAGGAGGAGAGAGGAGCAGAUGAAGAGGGAAGAGGAGGAAGCCCGCUUGCAAGCUGAGCGGCAAGCUGAGCAAGCCAGGCUGCAGGAAGAGAGGAGGAGAGAGGAGCAGAGGAAGAGGGAAGAGGAGGAAGCCCGCUUGGCUGAGCGACAAGCUGAGCAAAUCAGGCUGGAGGAAGAGAGGAGGAGAGAGGAGCAGAUGAAGAGGGAAGAGGAGGAAGCGCGAUUGGAAGCUGAGCGGCAAGCGGAGCAAGCCAGGCUGGAGGAAGAGAGGAGGAGAGAGGAGCAGAUGAAGAGGGAAGAGGAGGAAGCCCAGGAGCAGACGAGGAGAGAAUCUGCAGAUCUUCUCACUGAGGAUCAGCCUCGGCCUGCACGGAGAAGGGCAGGUUUCAGUGCCCUUGUGGCCCAGACCACGAAUGUCACGGAGAGCUCCAGCAAAGGCGCCUCCGAGGAGUCUCCGGCGACGGUGCCAGCCGAUUGUCAGGACUCCAUGCGGGUGCCGGAGGGCUACCAGGAAUCCAUGGACAAGACUCCCGAGCCCGGCGAGAUCCCCUCCGUGGAGGCAUUGCUUGCCAUGCUGGAGGGCGAUCAGGACCCAUCCAAGUCGGUUGAGGAAGCCGCGCCUGAGCCGCGGGCGCCGCAAGAGGCGCAAGCGGACGGCCAGGAAGCCGCGCCUGAGCCGCGGGCGCCGCAAGAGGAAGCCGCGCCUGAGCCGCGGGCGCCGCAAGAGGAAGCCGCGCCUGAGCCGCGGGCGCCGCAAGAGGCCACUCCAGAAGCUCCGCAUCCUGAGCAAAAAUGGCCCAACGAGGUGGUGCCUGGAGCUCGGGCGAGGCGCCGCAAAGGCUUCAGCUCUGUCCUGCAAGCCCUGCCAGCUCAAAACACGGAGGAGAACGCAGCAGAUGCGGUGCCAUCAAUGGAGGAGAAGGCAGAUGUCGUCCCAUCAAUGGAGGCGCUUCUGGCCAUGUUGGGAGAGGAUGCCGACGCCUGACUUGCGUAUCGAGGCACCGGCCACUGAAAGCCGCGGGGAUUGCUCCGCACGACAAAGCAGCGUGCUGCUGGCCCCUGCAUUGCAGGCCAGUCUGAGUGAAGCGACCCACAUAUCCGCGCGUUGUAUUUUCAUAGCGCGCGUUCCCGGACAGCGAUGCGGCCAACGUCAGCAGGCCUUGAGUGUGCCCAUGUGAGGUCUGCC